AUGGCGAAGAUGCCCCACGGCCAUGCAACGAAUACGCUGAAUUUGCAACUGCAGCAGCAGCAGCAGCAGCAGCAGCAUCCGUUGCUGUCAGCCAUUUCGGGAAAUAAUUAUGCGCGAAUGCAGAGCAUGCAUUACUAUCCCAACCACUACUACCCGAGCCACUACUUCCCGGGCCAUUACCACCAAGGGCACCAAGGACACCCGGGACAUCAGGGGCAGCAGGGAUACCAGUUGCAGCAGGGAAGAAACCCAAUCCAAGCGGCCGCCAGCAGCCACAGCGGUGCUUAUGCGGCCACCACGGCGGGCAGCGGACACUCUGGCUACGGUAGCAUCGAGCCGUCGGUGGAGUACGAGUGGCAGAACGAACCGCCCUCGGGCAGCUUCUCCUCCUUCCACCCGAGCAGUGCGGGCAGCGGGCCCGCAUAUCCGCCGCACCAUCCGCCGCCGCAGCACCACCCCCAACCACCGCCACCGCCUCCGCCCACGAAGUCCUCGAAGAAAUCGAAGAAGAGCGCCGGUUCGGUGAUGAACGCACUGACGCUGCUCUCGUUUUUCUUCUUUGUGAACAUGCUGCAGAAUUGUUUGAAGGAUCACAUGAACGACAUGAAUCCCACCGUGAUGGUGCUCACCGCCAGCGGGACGCGCAACCGCUUCAACAAAUUGGCCGAGAUGAACUCACGCGAACAGACCUCCACAACGGCCACCGAAUCGGCGGCGGCGUCAUCUUGGAAUCAGGCGGCUCUGGUUCCGGCCGCCGUGCCCAGUGUCCCGCCCUCUAUUGUUACGCCCACGGUGGUGCUGCAGUCGCCCUACAGCGCUGGCAUUCCAGAGGUGGUGGUGGCCAAUAAGCCCCACCAGCAGUCGCAGCACCCAUCGAGUCCCCAGGGAAACCCCCAUGAUUAUCGGCCCCACAUCGUGGACGAUGAUUAUAAUUACGGGCAGCGCAGACCAUCUCCGCCUCCACCUCAGACCGCCGGCGACUUUUAUCCUAAUCGCACACACAUCGACCACUCGUCCCGGCCCGACUUUGAAUCGGAGCCGGGCCACGAUUACUAUCAGCACCACUACAACCCGUAUGCCGGCACGAGCUCCCAUCGGCAUCCUUGGUCUUAUGGCAGGCAGCGUUACUCAUCCGCACCGUGGUCUUCAGCUUCGUUGGGCGCUCAGUCGGGCGUGAGCUCUUACUUGGAUAAUGCCCAGCGCCGGCAAGGUGAUGAUGACGAUGGUCAUGGUUAUGGCUAUGGCUACGGCCAUGGCAAUAGGGAUAGGGAUAGGGAUCGCAAUGGGAAUGGGAAUGGAAAUGGGGAUUGGAAUGGGGAUGAAGACGAGGAUGGUCAGCAACGGCGACGCGGCGAUGCUUUCUACACUCGCACACGCAUUAAUUGA